UCUUGUGUUAUCUUAUCUAGGCAGCCACACCACCAAAUGGAAACUUGCGCAUACAUUGAUGCCGACUUACGAAAAGCGGCAGAAAAUGGCGAACUUGAUCCAUUCAAAAAUGUUCAACCACCUCUUGAUAGGCUACUUUCCCCAAAGAAAAACACAAUAUUGCAUAUUUACCUUAGCACUCCAAGUAAGAGACAUCCCCAGUUUAUAGAGGGGAUACUUGGACUUUGUCCGUCACUGUUAUUGAAGGUCAAUGUCCACGCUGAUACUCCGUUCCACAUUGCAGCAAGGUACGGGCAUGUUGAUGCAGCAGAAGUGCUAAUCAAACAGGCAAAGGGUGAUGAAAUAGAUUUAGAGAGCGGAGAAGGGCCAACAGAGAGUAAAAUGGCAGCAGUAAGGAAGAUGUUAAGGAUGACAAAUAAAAAUAAAGAAACGGCCUUGCAUGAGGCGGCACGAAACGAAAGAAGUCGGGACAUUGUGAAAGCAAUAAUGCGUGAUGAAGAUCCAACAAAGUUUACAUAUUCUGCCAAUAAUAAUGGGGAAACUCCGCUUUACCUAGCUGUUAAAAAUAGAAAUAUGGAGAUAGCUUUUGAACUAUUAAAUCAUCCCGAUUCACAAUUACUGGCUUAUGGUGGUCCCAAUGGUAAAACGGCAUUACAUGAGGCAAUAGUGCUGCACUUCGAAGAUAACGACUUCACAGAUGAAGGGCAGAGGAAGUCGUUGUGGGAGAAAUACAGAUCCUGGGAGAAAUACAUAUCCUUAUACGGCAAAAAAAAUGAGGAAGAUGACAAUCAAUCGCACACGGGUUAG